CUUAAUGGCUGUACUAGAAAGUGAACUCGACAUUUACCUUGGAAUUUUAAUGCUGGGAUGCUGACUUGUUUUAACUUUGUUGUACUUAAAGAUAGUAGCUUAUUCAUACUAUAACUUUGGAGGGGUUUUUGAUUUGCAACUGGGUUUUAUUUUAACCUAGCAUUUUACCCCUUUCCCAGAAUCUCACAGUUUUCCGUCCAUCUAGCUGGCAGAUUAUUGAAUUCACUACAUAUCAAUCAGUUCUGCUCAUGUAAAUACAUAUUUUUGCUUCUCUUAUGCACCAUGGGGCUAAAUGUGCACUUCUGUACUCUGCAACUUCUUGUUCUCAGCCUUCUUUGUUUACCAUUCUCAGCACACGCUCACCUUUACAACAACCGCUAUGCUGGGGAUCAAGUUAUUAGAGUAACUCCAACAACAGAUGAAGAAGCAGAAGUAGUUAGGAACAUCAAUCAACAGUUCAAGACUGACCUGUGGCAGCCAAGCAGCACUUUUAACAUCAGAACAGGCACAAUAGUGGAUAUGCACAUAGAAAAAAAUACCUUGCAGACCUUUUUGGCUUGGCUUCAGCAAACAGGAAUCCAGUACAGGAUUCUCAUACCAGAUUUGCAGCAAGAGAUAGAAAAGCAACAUGGCUUCAAGCGUGGACGGAGUCGUCGAUCAGAAAAAGGACACGAUUAUGAAGUUUAUCACUCUCUAGAAGAGAUUCAAAACUGGAUGUAUGACAUGAAUAAGACCUAUUCAGACCUUGUACAUAUGUUCUCCAUCGGAAAAUCAUAUGAAAAAAGGCCACUUUUCAUUCUUCGGCUAGGCAAAACAAGCCAGACGUACAAGCGUGCUGUGUGGAUAGACUGUGGUAUCCAUGCUAGAGAGUGGAUUGGACCUGCUUUCUGUCAGUGGUUUGUUAAAGAGGUUGUGCAGACAUACAACAAUGACCCUGUUAUGCAGAUGUUUUUAAAUCGCCUUUAUUUCUACAUCAUGCCAGUGCUGAAUGUUGAUGGUUACCAUUUCAGCUGGACAAACGAUCGGUUCUGGAGAAAAACAAGAUCUAAAAGCUACAGGUUUGGUUGCAAUGGUGUGGACGCUAACCGCAACUGGAAUGUGCAGUGGUGUGAUGAAGGAGCCUCUUCAGACCCAUGUGAUGAUAUUUAUUGUGGACCUUUCCCAGAGUCAGAACCUGAAGUAAAAGCUGUUGCUAAAUUUCUUCGCAAACGCAAGCACCAAAUAAAAGCAUAUCUUUCAUUUCAUGCUUAUGCUCAAAUGUUGCUUUAUCCAUACUCUUAUAAGUAUGAGGAGAUUCCAAACUUCAGCUGUGUGGAAUCUGCAGCUCACAAGGCAGUUAAUGCAUUGUAUUCAGUCCACGGAAUCCGGUAUAGAUAUGGUCCGGCAUCUACUACUAUGUAUGUGAGCUCCGGAAGUUCUAUCGACUGGGCAUACAAAAAUGGUAUACCUUAUGCUUUCGCAUUUGAAUUGCGUGACACUGGACACUAUGGCUUUCUUCUUCCUGACAGUCUCAUAAAACCAACAUGCACUGAAACUAUGCUAGCAGUCAAAAACAUUACACUGCAUUUGCUCAAAAAAUGUAGAUAACAUAUAAUUUUGUUUGCAGCAGAAGAUAGAACAUUGGGUAAAAUGUGCCAGAUCACUUAAGUGUAUGUUAUGUUACGUUUAUGUUAUGUUAUUUUUUAAUAUUAUUUUAAAGGUCAGAAAACAUAAGGAACUUCAAUUCAUCCUUUAAUAUGAGAUACAAGAAUGUAAUAACUCAUGACCUUUCAGGAUAUUAGUCCAGUAUGAUGUAUAAUUAUUUUUUGAUAUUAUCAUUCUAAAUGACUACACUUAUGAGGUGGAAGUGUUUUAAUAAAAUAUUGUCUUAAAAAAUUGAACUCCAAAAAAUGGUUCUGCUUUGUCUUCUUAAAAUGGCAGCUGCACUUUUAUGCAGCUGAAUGGUGAGUUGUCAGACAGUAUACCUCACAUGGAACUACAAAUAUGCUACAGAGACACAGAUUUUCAAAUAAUAAUAAUAAUAAUAAAAUUGAGGAAUAGCAUUUGGUAAAUUAGCCCUUCUGGCCUCUGCUACACUAACUCCUAAAAUAGUGAAAAAUAAGAGUAAGUUCCUUUCUAAAGAUUCCUCUUCAGUUUUAGCUAUGGACACGUUAAGCUUUCUUACACUGUCCCUUGUGAUUGUCUAAUGUCAGAGGUAAAUUCUGAGAAGACAAAAGAGUGGCAGGUGUACUAUCACUGUUCAGUGCUCUAGGAUGAUGAUGAAUUUCUGGCAGAUGCGUGGACCUAAAUCCGCAGAAAGUAUGUGUUCAAAAUUAUUGCUACAAAGCUUCUGUUGCUCUUCCCCAGGGGUAGCUGUAGCUGCUAGCUGCAGAUUGCCAUUGCAGUAGGGCUAUCUUGAAUACAUGACUCAAGUCAGAACCUGUACUCAUAACAGUCACACCUUCUCAAACACAGAUGUCAUUGAUGUGGCUUUGCUUCAUGCAAGUAAUAUGCACAUAGCAUUGCUGCAAUGAAGACAGUCAAUAUGGAAUAUAAAGCACUGUUUCCAGCACAAAGGGUAACUGGAAGCCAAAACAGCUUUUAAGCAUUAGAAAUUGAGGUUGUACAGCAUUAAAUAUUUGAUAAGUGUUUUUACUUUACCAGAAUUCGCUACUCUUAUGGGCAUUGUAAUGUAAAUACAUUAAAAAUGGAAACUAGGAUCACUGGAUGUAAUGUCUUACAUAAAUGUGCACAAAUACAUCAGUUCAUUACUUACAUAGAAAACAGCUACAUUGUUCUCUUUUCAUCAUCAUCAUAUGUUCCUUAACAUUCAUAACUUCAUAUUCAAAGUACUCUUUACCACAGUUACCUAUCUUUCUACCUGCCAGAUAGCAACUCUUUCUAAUUUAUAUUGCAAAUUUGCUUCAUUGCUUCACUGGAAAGAUUCCAAGACUGUAACCAACUGCUGCAUAUGCAAGUUUAUAGCUAUGAGUGAACUUUGCCCAAAAUGCAGACUAUUAUGUACUGUAAUGCCCAAUAAAUUCGGUUCUUCCAAUGAUCCUAUACUAUAGAGGUAGCCUGGGAAGGUGGAAUGAAGAGGCCAGUUGCCAGCUCUCUUGUACUGGUCAGAGGAUAUAGGAGCUAUUACAGUAGUGUGCAUCCAGAGGGGACCUGGCAGGUAGAUGAAAAUUCUUUAGCUCAGCGGGUGAGUUGUAGGCUAGUUUAUAUACAAGAUUGCUCAGUACUGUACAAAUGCUGACCUAAGGUAAUAAAGUAGGUAACCCCUGUCUCCAAAUGGUCUUGGCGAAGAUAGAGGGCUAUUCACACACCUUGUCCUUUGCCUACCACAUUUAGAAGCACUGAAUUUAUCAUUGCAGGGCAGCGAACAAAGAUUAAAGCCACAGCCAGAUGUGGAACUCAGUAGGGUUGGCCCUCAAGGUAGGACAGGGUGGGGUGCAGCAAAUUAAAUAUAAAUUUAGUAAAAAGUAGAGACUGUUGCUUUGGGACACAGUUUUAUUACUGCAUCUGCUUUUAUUCACAGAGCCCUCUUUUAAAUGACUGUUAAAAUAUCAUUAUGUGAAUUACAUGAUUUAGACAUAUUUAACUUAUUAAUAUUAUCAAGAGUCAGGCUACAUCAACAGAACUGUAGUGACACUCACUUCUAAGUUUUAUAAUAUGUAACUACUUUUUUUCUAAAGUUUGUUCUUUGCUUUCUCAUAUAAAAGGAUAUUUAAUCCUUCAUUAUUUUGUGAUUUAAAAAAAACUUUAAUUACUGAGCCUGUUAAAAUUAUGUACUGUAUGUGUUUUAAAUUGUUUACAGGUACCGAAUUUCAAGUUGUACUGUCCAUCAAUUGACAACUGUAUGCUUAAAUGCUAAAGAAAUCUUUUAAUAAAUGGAAUCUAUUAAUAACAAAUGAAUACAAAAAUGGA